CCACAUGCUAUGCGGCUUGUCUAUCAGACGAACUACUCAGAGAUGGUUCGGCCAGUUGUUCUCGUGAAGGAGGGAUCGCUCUGCGGCACUGAAACGAAGACCAAGGAUGGAUUCCCUUUUAUUUCAUUCAAGGGCAUUCCCUACGCAGAGCCUCCGGUGGGCGAGCUGCGAUUCAAGGACCCUCAACCGAAGCAGCCAUGGACUGGGGUGCUGGACGCUUUGGAAGAAAGUCCCCAGUGUCCCCAGCUUGAUGAGUUUACUCACGACAUCAGAGGGGAGGAAGACUGUCUUUACAUCAAUGUAGCGACCACGUCGUUAAAGGGGUCGAGACCCGUGAUGGUGUGGAUUCAUGGGGGAGGUUUUCUGUGGGGUAACGCAGGGUCCAGUAUUUACGGUCCAGACUAUUUGAUCAAAAAGGAUAUCGUCUACGUGAGCAUGAAUUACAGGCUUGGAAUCUUUGGCUUUUUACAACUCGAUCACGAAGCGGCGACGGGAAACAUGGGACUGAAGGAUCAAGUUGUUGGUCUCAAGUGGGUAAAGGAAAACGUCGCUCAAUUUGGCGGUGAUCCGAACAAUGUUACAAUAUUUGGAGAAAGCGCUGGUGGCGCGUGCAUACACUAUCUGUUAUUGUCACCACUUACUAAAGGUCUUUUCCACAAGGCAAUUUCCCAAAGUGGCGUGGCAUUAAACCCGUGGGCACGCGCCUUCAAGACCGCAGAAAUCGCUCAACGUGUUGCUGCCCAUUUUGGAAAGGAGACCACUGAUCCAAACGAGAUUGUUAAAUUUCUGCGCACUAUUCCAGCUCACAAGCUCGCCGAUUCUCAGUUUAAGAUUUUGACACCAGAGGAAAAAAUUGUUUUCGGUUUCGCAUUUGCACCCACCGUUGACGACAAAAGCUCGGAACCGUUUCUACCACGACCUGCCAUUGAACUCGCUGCAGAAGCACACGACGUGCCCCUUCUGAUUGGAUAUAAUAGUCACGAGGGAGUAGUUCACCUUCUGGGACCAACUGCGGAUGACUUUUCGAAACUCGAUCAACACUUCGAGGCUUCAUUAUCUCGUGGACUAACCAUGGUGCCUCCAUCAAAGGUGUUGGACGCCGCAAAACAGGUGAGAAAAUUUUACCUUGGGGAUAGGCCAGUUACCAAGGAGACGUCUGACGAGUUCGUCCAAGCCAUGGGAGAUCUUCAGUUUGUUGUUGGUGUUCAUGACGUGGUGAGUUUUCGAACCGCAGCCAAAUCUCCUACCUACCUGUAUCGGUUCUCCCACGAAGCCGAAGUGACCUUCGGUUCACACCUUACCAAAGUAAAAGUCAAAGGUGCUGCACACGCUGACGAGCUCGUUUAUCUCUUUCACCUCCACCGAAUCGACUUGAAUUUCCUUAAACCAGGCUCGAUUGAAGAGGUGAUUUCCGAAAGAUUUCUCAGAAUGUGGACGGACUUCGCAAAGACUGGGGAUCCAACUCCGCAACAGGAUGAUCUGAUCACAGUGAAAUGGAAACCAAUAACAAGCACAACAAAGAAUUAUCUAUCGAUUCGCGCUGAACUUUCUACUGGUGUUAAUCCUGACGAAGAAAUGUUGCAGUUAUGGAACCGUGUCCGUAGCAUUGGCAAGGAGUAGCAGUGAAUGUGUUUAUUUUUUUUUGGUAUUUGUUCAGCGAUGAUAAUUUCAGUCAGUAACACCUUGACGUUGUCGUUUUUGUUUAUUUAUGUUUAUCCAAGUUACUUUGAUGGGAGGACGUACCGCCGAUCACUGCAAUAUGUCUCGGGGUGUCUCAAACUGCCAUUGAAGAGUAGACGUCUAUGAUGCCUUGCAAUAAGACGCAGUCGUGUCCGUAUAUCCUAAGUGUGUCGGUAGCUUCGUGUAUUUUUUUAUAUUUUGGUAAGAUUGAAAUGACGCGGGAUGCUGAGCCCCUGAGUACAAUUUGAGUUUUCAGAAUUUUUAAUUUUGUCGACAAUGACGGUCAAUUCGCACUUGUAUAGU